GGGAAGGCACAAUUUUUUAGGUGGAAGGAAAUUCAAACGGAUGUCGAACAAAAAAUUGGUCGUGAAUUAAGUAAUUCAAAUACUUGCAAGAACAAAUAUGACACAAUGAGAAAAGAUUGGCGUCUUUGGAAAAACUUAAAACAAUCAGAGACGGGUAUAGGAUGGGAUCCAAAGUCGGGAAAAAUUGACGCUACAAAUGAAUGGUGGCAAAGAAAAAUCAAGGAAAAUUCAGAUUUCCAAAGGUUUCGACUAAGGGGUGUAAACUUGGAGCUUGAACAAAAGUGGGAACAAUUGUUUGGAGAUUCUUAUGCAACAGGAGAGAAUGUUUAUGUGCCCUCAAUAGACCCCAUUGAAGAUCUUACUAUACAAAAUGAAAAUUUAGAGGAAGAGAAUAUUGAUAAUGAUGGUGGUGAUAACUAUUUUCCAAGUGACCAAUAUGCUCAAGAUUUACUUAAUGAUGAGGGGAAUUUUUUUCAACAUUUUAUAGAGCAAGCACGUAAUGAUGCUAACUUAGGUAGUUCGGGAAGUAGGUCAUCACAAGUGACUAGUGAAGCUGUAAACAAUGACACUCGUCCUUCUAAUAAGAUUCAAAAGCAUCUUCCAUUAAAGUCUAAUAGUGGUCAAGUGAAACGUACAAGAAGACAAUCAGCGGGAUCUGCAAUGAUAUCUAAGGGAAUUAUUGAAAUGACAGAAUGUGUUAAACGAAUUAGUCAAAGCAGUACAUCAAAUGUGUCCACGAUUUCCACAGCAAUGAAUACCAUAUGUCGUAUGGUGGAAAAUGAGUAUUUGGAGAAACAUAGUGAGUUUUGGUGCUUUGCUACUACUGUCAUUGGAGAUGCAACUAAAAGAGAGAUUUUUUUGAGUAUGGAGGAUGAUGAUAGCAGAGCUAAGUGGUUAGCAUAUCUAUAUAUUAAGGGUUUGUUAUUAAUAUGGAUAUUGAUGAGGAAAGAAUGCGCAAACUUUGGAUUGCAAUUGCAUUUACAAUAUAUUUGAUGUCUACAUAUUUUUAUAAAUACAUAUAUAAAGAACCAUGCAUGACUUCAAUUCUAACAGGAGAGAUGUGGGUAAAAGAAAUGUUGAUUGGCAAUCCUAUUC